UGAAUUGAACGGGUUGAGGUUGGCGCAGAAUAUUAUCUUCGGAGUAAUUUAUUAAUCUUUAAUUCUUUUAUCUCGUAAAUAAAAUAAAUAAAGUUCAACGUGUGAAAUUACAACUGCUUCAUUCACGUUCUACAAAUUCCCUACAGCUUAUAAAGAACUGGCGAUGAAUUUUGUCGACACGCUGAGAGAUUUCCAAUCGUUAGGCGGCAAAGACCAAAUUAAAUGUGCAUUAGGCGCUCGAGUGUUUUUGGAUUUGAAAAAUGAUAGCCGAGUAACGAAUUUGGAGAAAUUCUACAAUUCUGAUUUGAAUUUGGUAUAUUUGCAAGGCAAACGAAACAAAACUUUGGUCUCAUUUAUUCCAGUACUGUCAAGUCAACCGUUAAACUUCCUCGAUAUUGAAAAUAUUCAGAAAGCACUUUCAAAAAGAAAAUAUGACACUUUGAUUUCACAUUUCAGUACCAACAUUACACUUGCCGUUUGCGAUACAUCAUCCAACAUUCUAUAUUACCAAAUAACUUCAGGGGUGACUACAAAAUAGUGAAAUAACUCAAAAACUCUUUUGCCAAACGAUAAGCAAACCAUAACUUAUUCAACGGCAACAACUACUCACCUUUCUAUAUAAUAUUUAAACGAAUUUCUCAUUGUAGUUUUUAUAUCUAAAUAAAAAACGUAUUACUUUUGGUGUUAAUAUGGAUCACUUUUUAAAUUUAAUAAACUGCAAGAAAAUUGGAUUUUCUUAAUUUUCACA